AUGGGCAACUCCGAGUCAUCUUCCUCCGAUCCCCGAUUCAUAUCCGCCGCCAGAGCAUUCACUCAGUCGGAGCUGGAAGACCUAAGAUCGCUCCACUCAUCGCUAGCCGCCAAGUCCCAUAGCAAUGGCGAGCACGUCUCUCUUCCCGUCUUCAAGGAGUAUAUUGGAAUCGACGGGCCCUUGGGCGAUAGGGUUUUUGAUUUGGUUACAGAAAGGAGGAAAGAUGAGAAGCUUAACUUUGAAGACCUUGUUAUUGCCAAGGGAACUUAUGAGAAGGGAACAAAUGAGGACAUUGAAGAAUUCAUCUACGGACUAUUAGAUGUAUCAGGAGAUGGUAAUGUGGGAAGGUCUGAUCUUGAAGUCGUAUUAACAUCUAUGCUUGAUAAUCUAUUUCAUCAACAAUGUUCCGAGCCUAAGGCAAGAUCUCAUCAGGAAAUUAUUGAGGUUUUCAUCAACGCUGCCAAUUUUACAAGUAAUGGCAUGUCUCUUGAAGAUUUCCGAAAAUGGUGUACACUUCUUCCAGCUGUCAGGAAAUUUUUAGGGAGUUUGUUGAUGCCCGCGGAUUCAGGUUCUCAAGUACCAAGGUUACUCUAUCAGGACAUUGAUCCUAAUCAAAUUUUGAUGAGGAGUGAAUACGCCUGGCAUAUUGGAGGAGCACUAUCUCCAACUGAACUGGACGACUGGAAGCUUUUGUAUCACAGUUCAUUGCACGGACAGAGUUUCAACACAUUUCUCGGUCACAUGCCAGACGGACCAACCGUGUUAGUUGUCAAGGAUAGAGAAGGUUGCAUUUAUGGAGGCUAUGCUUCUCAGGCAUGGGAAAGGCAUGCUGAUUUUUAUGGGGAUAUGAGAUCUUUUCUCUUUCAGCUAUACCCUAAGGCAUCGAUUUUUCGCCCAACAGGAGCAAAUCAUAAUUUACAAUGGUGUGCCGUGAAUUUCAGUUCGGAGAGCAUCCCGAACGGCAUAGGGUUCGGAGGACGAGUGAACCAUUUCGGACUCUUCAUUUCGGCAAACUUCGAUCAGGGCCAUACUUUUGCCUGCACGACUUUUGCCAACCCGUGCCUGUCGACCACGCCCCGAGUAUAUCCAGAAAUAAUUGAAUGUUGGGGAGUGGUGCCGAGAAAAGCUCACCAGGAGAGACCCGAAGCUGUGAAAGGUACUGUUCUAGAGAGGUUUAAGGAGGACCGACACAUGCUCAACAUGGUCGGUCUUGCUAACUCAAGUGAGUGA